AUGAGAAACUUAUUUUCUCUUUCCCCACAUAAAAUCACAGAACGCCGCGAUGCCGCACAACAAGUUCUGCGCGUAUGCCUUCGCCGUGGAGCUGUUGCAGGAACAACAGAAAAAAUCCAUGGGCGAUCCGCACGGGAUCUGGCUCGUCUCAGACUGCGUAAAGUUUUGGUAGUAAUCCGUGUGGUCAGUGCCUGGCGUGAAAUGGCGGGCAGACUCCUUUUGCCAUCUUCCCGAAGGUCUUCAAAAAUGUCCCAUCAAAGUGGGGGAAAGGAUGAAGGGGAAUUUGUGAACGAAGAACAACAACAGCAAUCACUCUUAUUGCCACACCAUCAACAUUUGUUGGAAUUGGCAGAUCAAGGCCUAGUAGAUGACAUGGGAUUUUCUGAACGCUAUUUUACGGUAGCAAGACGUUCAAUUCAAUCAACACCUCCUCUGUUGUUGCCUACUCUCCCUCAGUCUAGAGCGGGUUCUACAACUUCUUCGUUGGCGUGUACGCUUGAAUUUUUAAAUUUUUUUUGUUCGUGUUUGUUUUCUAAACUUUGUUGUGUUUGUGGAGUGAACUUUUAA